AUGAGGAUAGUGUGCAAGGACGUGACUGCUGAGACCCUUUACGAUGUCCUUCAUGACACCAGCUACCGGAAGAAGUGGGACAGCAACAUGAUUGACACCCACGAUAUCGGCAGGCUUACUGUCAACGCAGACGUAGGAUAUUACUCCUGUAAGUCAGUGUCAGACGUAGAACAUUACUCCUGUGAGUCAGUGUCAGACGUAGGAUAUUACUCCUGUGAGUUAGUGUCAGACGUAGAACAUUACUCCUGUGAGUCAGUGUCAGACGUAGAACAUUACUCCUGUGAGUUAGUGUCAGACGUAGGACAUUACUCCUGUGAGUUAGUGUCAGACGUAGAACAUUACUCCUGUGAGUCAGUGUCAGACGUAGAACAUCACUCCUGUGAGUUAGUGUCAGACGUAGAACAUUACUCCUGUGAGUUAGUGUCAGACGUAGAACAUUACUCCUGUGAGUUAGUGUCAGACGUAGAACAUUACUCCUGUGAGUUAGUGUCAGACGUAGAACAUCACUCCUGUGAGUUAGUGUCAGACGUAGAACAUUACUCCUGUGAGUUAGUGUCAGACGUAGAACAUUACUCCUGUGAGUUAGUGUCAGACGUAGAACAUUACUCCUGUGAGUUAGUGCCAGACGUAGAACAUCACUCCUGUGAGUUAGUGUCAGACGUAGAACAUUACUCCUGUGAGUUAGUGUCAGACGUAGAACAUUACUCCUGUGAGUUAGUGUCAGACGUAGAACAUUACUCCUGUGAGUUAGUGUCAGACGUAGAACAUCACUCCUGUGAGUAAGUGUCACAUUGUUUACUGAUGAUACGCCUCCUGGUAUUGAAUCAGUAUUCAGGAGGCAGGUGGAAACUAUAGCCGGGGUGGAAGCAGAAGGUUGCUCUGACUCAUCAGGAACUCGUCAGGGACCGUCAUAACAGUUGAUGUGUUUGUGCGUGUGUAUGUAUGUGUGUGUGUGUAUAUGUGUGUGUAUAUGUGUGUACUUCCAUGCGUGUGUGUGUGCUCUUGCGAGUCAAAGCAGAUGGGUUGUCAAGAACAAAGCAGAUGGGUUGUCAAGUUCAAAGCAGAUAACAUCCAGCAACUUCAGAUUCCUCUAUUCCUUUCUUUCAUUAGAGGUGAAAAUAAGGUAGAGGAGGAGGAGGAGGAGGAGGAGGAGAGAAAUAGUAUGAUAAUGAUUAGGAGGAUAAGUCAGAGGACGAGGUGAGUUGGAGGAGGAGGAGGAGGAGGGAAGAGGAGUGGAGGAGUAGGAGGAGAAGGAAGAGGAAGAGGAGGAGGAGUAGGAGGAGAAGGAAGAGGAAGAGAAGGAGAAUGAGAAGGAAGAGUAGAAGGAGUAGGAGGAGAAGGAGGAGGAGGAGGAGGAGGAGAAGGAGGAGGAAGAGGAGAAGGAGGAGGAGAAGGAGGAGGAUGAGGAGAAGGAAUAGGAGGAGAAGGAGGAGGAAGAGGAGGAAGAGGAGGAGGAGGAGGAGGAUGAGGAAGAGGAGGAGGAGGAGACUAACCAGUACUGUCACAACUAUCCCACAGAGAGACUAACAGUACUGUCACUACUAUCCCACAGAGAGACUAACAGUACUGUCACUACUACUAAAAACCUGUUUUCACUUUGUCAUUAUAGGGUAUUGUGUGUAGAUUGAAGAGGGAAUAAAACGAUUUAAUCUAUUUUAGAAUAAGGCUGUAACGUAACAAAAUCAAGGGGUCUGAAUACUUUACAAAUGCACUGUAUUACAGUUGAUUAUACUUAACCUUGAAUGCCAGUCAGUGUGAGUCAAUAUGCCAGUAUGAUUCAAUGAUGCCCCACAUGUAGUAGACUAAACCAUGUUUCUCAUAGUAAAAAGUGUUUCUAUGACUGGGCCUACUGUAACCACAUGUUACAGAUUAAAAGUACAGCAAACACGCAAUCUAGUCAGUCAUAGAAAUAGACUGAAUAGACUGGGUUGUGAGGCAGUUCAUCACUGAGAAUCAUUGAGAACUCUAGAGAAUUAGACAAUAGAAUGCUACAUGUAUGUGUACACGUGGACACAUUGAAACAUCUUCCACUAAAGUCAUGUUGUCAUUGUGUCUGUAGGGAAGUGCCCGAGCCCCCUGAAGAACAGGGACUUCGUCACCAUGAGAUCAUGGCUUCCUCUGGGCAACGACUACCUGAUCAUCAACUACUCUGUCAAACACCCGGUAUGUACCUUUAUCGACACGCGAUGUUGGUUGGCUCGGGAAAUACUACACAAUGAAAAAAAGAAGGCCAGCGCUCACAAAGUAUCUAUUAUCAGCCGUCACAAUGGACGAGUGGCUGGUCGUCUUUUUCAUACAAGUAGGAUUACUUUUGGGCUACAGCACCCAAAGAUGAAUUUACUUAUCUAUAGUUGAGCGUGUCUCCUAGUGAAUUUUGUACAAUUGAUAGAUGCCAUUAGUGCUGUUUGGCAGCCUCCAUAAGAAAGUCCUGCCAGAGGCGCAGUCUACUGUAGAAGUUGGGUCAACAUCUCUACAUGGCCUCUGUUGUGACUUUUAACAGAAUUAUAUAUAAAAUUUUUUAAAGAAAUUGUCUGAACAUAAUGCGAACAGCUGACUGGUUUAAUUUGUUAUGGUAAUUCAGUAAUGAAUAAUACUUUAAUUUGAUUGGUCUUAUUCCAGCAAUAUCCACCCAAAAAGGACUACGUGAGAGCGGUGUCGCUGCUGACAGGCUACCUGAUUCAGUCCAACGGAGAAAACUCCUCCACUCUCUAUUACCUAACGCAGGUCGAUCCCAAAGGUAAACCUUUUCACUGGUUAUAUACAGGUACUGAGCAUCUUAAAUGAUUUACAUAACAUCGUGUUUUGGUGUUUACAGUACAGCUCUAUGCUGGUCAACACUGAAUCUGGACACAGUGCAUCGCUGUCGUAGGGUGCUAUGAGAACACUGCUCUAACUGUUUGUGUACAUAACACCGUUCCUGUUAGCCGAAACUCCCCUUGCUUCACUCCACUGAGAGAGUCCUGUUGAAAUAUCUCUGUGUACACAAACAUAGGUCUUAGGGAGGAAUCAAGCAAAGAUCAAACGCAACAAGAUUAUGUUUCAUAAGUAACUUUUUUUUGAAACCUACUAGGCUGAUGAUAUGACCUGUGGCAUAUCUUUCCUAUCCAAGAUAUUUAAGGUGCUUUUAACGACUGUGCUCUAAAGAAGGCCAUUACUGACCGAAAGCGUAGCCAUUAAAAACUGACAUUGCAUCUGAUUUAAGUGUGGAGAGACCAUUUCACUAUAGUAUAUAUCUUCUCUUGCACCUUUUCUAAACCCAAUGGCAGGGUGCAGCAGAUAACCAUAUUGUCUAAAACUACUCUGUGUGCUCCAUUGUAAUUUAACAACAGUUUUAUCUCAUAUUACAGCCUAAUUACUGUCCUUGAGUGAGAAGAGACUGUGUGUGUGGUGUGUGUGUGUGUGGUGUGUGUGUGUGUGGUGUGUGUGUGUGUGGGGUGUGUGAGUGUGUGUGUGUGUGUGUGUGUGUGUGUGUGUGUGUGUGUGGUGGUGUGUGUGUGUGUGUGUGGGUGUGUGUGUGUCUGUGUCUGUGUGUGUGAGGUGUGUGUGUGUGGUGUGUGUGUGUGUGUGUGUGUGUUGGUGUUGUGUGUGUGUGUGUGUGUGUGUGUCUGUGUCUGUGUCUGUGUCUGUGUCUGUGUCUGUGUCUGUGUGUGUGAGUGUGUGUGAAGCCUCAGGAAGCCUUUGAUGGCCCCCUGCACCAGUAUAACACCACCACUGCAGAAGACAUGUUUUAUGAAUCUGCUGAUGCCAUCUGUUUUCUGUGCUGCUCCAGGCUACCCCGUUGAUAAUUAAUGCCUUCUGUUCCAUUGCUGUGUGUGUGUGUGCGUGCGUGUGUGUGUGUGUGUGUGUGUGUGUGUGUGUGUGUGUGUGUGUGUUGCUGUAAAGCUCAUAUUCAUAACAUGGAAAACAGCUGGCACACCAUCGUCACAUUUCUAUUCUGUAUACUGUCCUUACUGUAAACCAGGGGUCCUGCAUGAACUAUAUCUACUGCAUAUCAAUCACAUUUAUUUAUAAAGCCCUUUUUACAUCAGCAGAUGUAAAAAAGGGCUAUACAGAAACCCAGCCUAAAACCCCAAACAGCAAGCAAUGCAGAUGUAGAAGCACAGUGGCUAGGAAAAACUCCCUAGAAAGGCAGAAACCAGAAAGGGGUGGCCAGUCCUCUUCUGGCUGUGCCGGGUGGAGAUUAUAAGAGUACAUGGCCAUUUAAGGCCAGAUUGUUAUUCAAGAUGAUCAAACGUUCAUAGAUGACCAGCAGGGUCAAAUAAUAAUCACAGCGGUUGUGGAGGGUGCAACAGGUCAGUACAUCAGGAGUAAAUGUCAGUUAGCUUUUCAUAGCCAAGCAUUCAGAGGUCGAGACAGCAAGUGCGGUAGAGAGAGAGAGAGAGAGAGAGUCGAAAACAGCAGGUCCGGGACCAGGUAGCAUGUCCGGUGAACAGGUCAGGGUUCCCGAGCCGCAGGCAGAACAGUUGAAACUGGAGCAGCAGCACGACCAGGUGGACUGGGGAACAGCCAGGAGUCAUCCGGCCAGGUAGUCCUGAGGCAUGAUCUUAGGGCUCAGGUCCUCCGGGAAGGGAGGGAGAGAGGGAGAGAGAAAGAUAAUUAGAGGGAGCAUGCUUAAAUUCACACAGGACACCAGAUAAGACAGGAGAAUUACACCAGACAUAACAGACUGACCCUAGCCUCCCGGCACUUAGACUAUUGCAGCAUAAAUACUGAGACGGGUGGGUCGGGGGACACUGUGGCCCCGUCCGACGAUACCCCCGGACAGGCCAACCAGGCAGGAUACAACCCCACCCACUUUGCCAAAGCACAGCCCCCACACCACUAGAGGGAUAUCAACAGACCACCAACUUACUACCCUGAGACAAGGCUGAGUAUAGCCCACAAAGAUCUCCUCCACCACACGAGCCGAGGGGGCGGAAUACCAGACAGGAAGAUCAUGUCUGUGACUCAACCCAGUCAAGUGACGCACCCCUCCUAGGGACGGCAUGGAAGAGCACUAGUAAGCCAGUGACUCAGCCCCCGUAAUAGGGUCAGAGGCAGAGAAUCCCAGUGGAGAGAGGGGAGCCGGCCUGGCAUUGACAGCAAGGGCAGUUCGUCGCUCCAGUGCCUUGCCGUUCACCUUCGCACCCCUGAGCCAGACUACACUCAAUCAUAGGACCUACUGAAGAGAUGAGUCUUCAGUAAUGACUUAAAGGUCGAGACCGAGUCUGCAUCUCUCACAGAGAUAGGCAGACCAUUCCAUACAAAUUGAGUUCUAUAGGAGAAAGCCCUGCCUCCAGCUGUUUGCUUAGAUUUCUAGGGACAAUAAGGAGGCCUGCGUCUUGUGACCUUAGCGUAUGUGUAGGGAUGUACGGCAGGACCAAAUCGGAGAGAUAGGUAGGAGCAAGCCCAUGUAAUGCUUUGUAGGUUAACAGUAAAACCUUGAAAUCAGCCCUAGCCUUAACAGGAAGCUAGCACUGGAAUAAUAAGAUCAUAUUUGUUGGUUCUAGUCAGGAUUCUAGCAGCCGUGUUUAUCACUAACUGAAGUUUAUUUAGUGCUUUAUCUGGGUAGCCGGAGAGUAGAGCAUUGCAGUAGUCAAAUCUAGAAGUGACAAAAGCAUGUAUUAGCUUUUCUGCAUCAUAUUUGGACAAAACGUUUCUGAUUUCUGCAAUGUUACGAAGAUGGGAAAAUGCUGUCCUUGAAAUAUUAUUGAUAUGUUCAUCAAAAGAGAGAUCAGGGUCCAGAGUAACACUGAGGUCCUUCACAGUUUUAUUUGAGACGACUGUCCAACCAUCAAGAUUAAUUGUCAGAUCCAACAGAUCUCUUUGUUUCUUGGGACCUAGAACUAGCAUCUCUGUUUUGUCCGAGUUUAAAAGUAAAACAUUUGCCGCCAUCCACUUCCUUAUGUCUGAAACACAGGCUUCCAGGUUAGGCAAUUUUGGGGCUUCACCAUGUUUCAUCGAAAUGUACUGCUGUGUGUCGGCCGCAUAGCAGGGAAAGUUGACAUUGUGUUUCCGAAUGACAUCACCAAGAGGUAGAAUAUAUAGUGAAAACAAUAGUGGUCCUAAAACGGAACCUUGAGGAACGCCAAAACGUACAAUUGAUUUGUCAGAGGACAAACCAUCCACAGAGACGAACUGAUAUCUUUCCGACAGAUAAGAUCUAAACCAGGCAAGAGCUUGUCCGUGUAAACCAAUGAGGGUUUCUAAUCUCUCCAAAAGAAUGUGGUGAUCGAUGGUGUCAAAAGCGGCAAUAAGGUCUAGGAGCACGAGGACAGAUGCAGAGCCUUGGUCUGACGACAUUAAAAGGUAAUUUACCACCUUCACGAGUACAGUCUCAGUGCUAUGAUGGGGUCUAAAACCAGACUGAAGCAUUUCGUAUAUAUUAUUUGUCUUCAGGAAGGCAGUGAGUUGCUGCGCAACAGCUUUUUCUAAAAUGUUGGAGAGGAAUGGGAGAUUCGAUACAGGCCAAUAUAUUUUUUUACAUUUUACGGGUCAAGGUUUGGCUUUUUCAAGAGAUGCUUUAUUACUGCCACUUUUAGUGAGUUUGGUACACAUCUGGUGGAUAGGGAGCCAUUUAUUAUGUUCAACAUAGGAGGGCCAAGCACAGGAAGUAGCCAUUUUAGUAGUUUAGUUGGAAGUAGGGUCCAGUAGGAAGCAGGAAGGUUUAGAGGCCAUUACUAUUUUUGUGAAUGUGUCGAGAGAUACAGGAUUAAAAAACUUGAGUGUCUCCAUUGAUCCUAGGUCCUGGCAGUUCUGUGCAGACUCAGGACAACUGAGCUUUGAAGAAAUAUGCAGAUUCAAAGAGGAGUCCGUAAUUUGCUUUCUAAUGAUCAUUAUCUUUUCAUCGAAGAAGUUCAUGAAUUUAUCAUUGCUGAAGUGAAAGCUAUCCUCUCUUGUUGAAUGCUGCUUUUUAGUUCACUUUGCAACAGUAUCAAAAAUAAAUGUUGGAUUGUUCUUAUUCUCCUCAAUUAGGGUGGAAAAAUAGGAUGAUCGAGCAGCAGUGAGGGCUCUUCGAUAUUGCACGGUACUGUCUUUCCAAGCUAGACGGAAGACUUCCAGUUUGGUGGAGCACCAUUUCCAUUCCAAUUUUCUGGAAGCUUGCUUCAUGGCUCGGGUAUUUUCUGUAUACCAUGGAGCAAAUUUCUUGUGACAAAUGUUUUUUGUUUUUAGGGGUGCGACUGCAUCUAGGGUAUUAUGCAAGGUUACAUUUAGAUCCUCAGUUAGGUGGUUAACUGAUUUUUGUACCCUGACGUCCUUGGGUAGGUGGAGGGAGUCUGGAAGGGCAUCUAGGAGUCUUUGGGUUGUCCGAGAAUUUAGAGCACGGCUUUUGAUGUUCCUUGGUUGGGGUCUGAGCAGAUUAUUUGUUGCGAUUGCAAACAUAAUAAGAUGGUGGUCCGAUAGUCCAGGAUUAUGAGGAAAGACAUUUAGAUCCACAAUAUUUAUUCCACGGGACAAAACUAGAUCCAGGGUAUGACUGUGGCAAUGAGUAGGUCUGGAAACGUUGGACAAAACCCACCGAGUCGAUGAUGGCUCCGAAAGCCCUUUGGAGUGGGUUGUGGACUUUUCCAUGUGGAUAUUGAAGUCACCAAACAUUUGAAUAUUGACUGCCAUGACUACAAGGUCCGAUAGGAAUUCAGGGAACUCAGUGAGGAACACUGUAUACGGCCCAGGAGGCCUGUAAACAGUAGCUAUAGAAAGUGAUUGAGUAGAUUUCAUGACUAGAAGCUCAAAAGACAAAAACACAGUAUUUUUCUUCUUCGUAAAUUGACAUUUGCUGUCGUAAAUGUUAGCAAAACCUCCGCCUUUGCGGGAUGCGCUGGGGAUAAGGUCACUAGUAUAACCAGGAGGAGAGGCCUCAUUUAACACAGUCAAUUCAUCAGGUUUGAGCCAUGUUUCAGUCAGGCCAAUCACAUCAAGGUUAUGAUCAGUGAUUGGUUCAUUGACUAUAACUGCCUUGGAAGUGAGGGAUCUAACAUUAAGUAGUCCUAUUUUGAGAUGUGAUAUUAUCACAAUCGCUUUCAAUAAUGACAGGAAUGGAGGAGGUCUUGAUUCCAGUGAGAUUGCUAAGGCGAACACCGACAUGUUUAGUUUUGCCCAACCUAGAUCGAGGCACAGACACGGUCUCAAUGGAGAAAUCUGAGCUGACUACACUGACUGUGCUAGUGGCAGACUCCACUAAGCUGUCAGGCUGGCUAACAGCCUGCUGCCUGGCCUGCACCCUAUCUCAUUGGGCUGGCUAACAGCCUGCUGCCUGGCCUGCACCCUAUCUCAUUGUGGAGAUAGAGGAGUUAGAGCCCUGUCUAUGUUGGUAGGUAAGAUGAGAGCACCACUCCAGCUUGGAUGGAGUCCGUCACUCCUCAGCAGGCCAGGCUUGGUCCUGUUUGUGGGGGAGUCCCAGAAAGCGGGCCAGUUACCUACAAAUUAUUUGGGAGGGGCAGAAAACAGUUUUCAACAAGUGAUUGAGUUGUGCUAGUCUGCUGUAGCGCUCAUCAAUCCCCCUAACUGGGAGGGGGCCAGAGACAAUUACUCGAUGCCAAAACAUCUUUCUAGCUAAGUUACACGCUGAAGUAAUGUUGCGCUUGGUGACCUCUGACUGUUUCAUCCUAACAUCGUUGGUGCCGACGUGAUAUAACAAUAUCCCAAUACCAUCUACACUCACUAACUUUGGGCAACUUUGAUGGCGGUGGGGACACAGUUGGGACUCUCAGUCACAGCCGGGGAUCGAACCCCAGGCCGUAGUGACGCCGCAAAACUGCAACGCAGUGUCUUAGACCGCUGCGCCACUCGGGAGGCCUGUUUAUCAACACUUCUGUCCUGUAUACUGUCAUUACUGUAAACCAGGAACUAUAUCAACAGAAAGCAAGCAGUGUGUUUUAUUAAAGAGAGGAAAAACACAUUUUUCAGUAUUCUAUUUGAUAUCAUAGGCCUGCCAAAUAUUGUAUUGGUGUUAAACCUUCAUCAGAGUUCGCACAAGGUGCUUGAGGUGCUUAAAGUACUUGAAUUUGACACUCUGAAAUUCAAGUACUGGAAUACCUUGAAAAUCAGACAUUUUCUGAAGUUGGUGCUUGAAAAGUACUUGAAUUUAAAUGAGGAGAACAGAUAAUGAUCAAAUAUGUUUCUGAAAAAUAUUAUAAAAAUGUAUUGGUCUUGCGAAUUAAUUUCGAGGCAGACUACCGAGUUUUAUUUCCUCACGUUUGGCGCUGUGGUUGUUAAGCGAGCUCGCCGCUCAGCCAGGUACAGAACUGACCGAUUAGGCGCCGCCAAGCGUCACACUGAUAGCUAAAAUCCCGGGAAAUGUAGAUUCAAGCCUGCCUUUUGUGCGUAUAGAACAUUCCGGGGAUCUUUAAUUUCAGCUCAUGAAACAUGGGACCAACACUUUACAUGUUUUAUAUUUUUGUUCAGUACAGUUUACCCACUUCUUUUUUUUUUUUACCACUCCGUCACUGGACCCAGCCAACCGACACCGUGUACCGUGCAAAAAAAUGUGAGCAUGGGGUGAAUCGGCCCUGAAGAGCCGCAUGAAAGGGGGAAGACACAACGCUGCAUCCUGCUGGCGUCCGUUCUACGUUAUGUGACAUUUUCUCUGCAACAACCCCCAGAGCUUUUUUUGCCAAUCGCCUCAUUCACAGGUCGCCCGCGAUAUUCCGCUUUACCAAGCCGCGGUCCUGUCACCCUUCUCCCGCCCGCAACACCAAAGCUGCCAGUCGGAAGCAGGACGCUUUUUCGUUGGUAUUAAUUAGUAGAUUCCCAAAUGCCAUUAAGAUGGAAUUGUGUAGUAAUGCGAAUAGGAAAUGUUUGUUCACCAGUUGUCACGCCCUGACUCAGGGGACUCGUAUAUGUUGAGUCAGGGUGUGUAUAUUCUUUGGUGUGUAUAUUCUAUAUGGGGUUAUUCUAGUAUGUGUAUAUCUAUGUUGGCCGGGUGUGGUUCCCAAUCAGAGGCAGCUGUCGCUCGUUGUCUCUGAUUGGGGAUCAUACUUAGGCAGCCAUUUGGCACUAGUGUGUUGUGGGAUCUUGUUUCCGGUUAAGGUUUGGUGUAGCUACCUUAGGACUUCACGUUUCGUUUAUUGUUUUGUCGUGUGUUUAUUUAGUUGAAUAAACAUGUACGUAUAUCACGCUGCGCCUUGGUCUGACCCGUCAUUGAACGAACGUGACACCAGUAGGCAUGUCCCAAAACUCUGCUCAUCACUACUCAAAUUACGAAAUCAUCAGUACUGACUUACCACUUAUGUAUGUAGUAGUAAGUAAGUAGUGAAACAAUGUAUUAUUGAGUAGAACUUGUAAGGUGGUGAUGAAUACUACGUUGUUGUUUUUAUGAGGUUUUGGCGAUAUACUGUCAUCUGGUGGCGACUACAAACAAUUGCAUUAUAUGAACUAUUACAAAUUGAUAGUCCUUGAAAAUAAAAAUGAGUGCUUGAAAAAGUACUUGAAAGUCCUUGAAUUUGAAUUGCCGCUGUCUGUACUAAGCCUGUUUCAUGUUUUUGUUUGAACUGCAGGCUCCCUUCCAAAGUGGGUGGUGAAUAGAGUUUCUCAGUUCGUAGCACCAAAGGUAAUAUUAUAAUAUUAUUAUGAUGAUCAAUCUGUCUUGGAAAUGUGGUAUCUUGAAACCCGAGAACUAGAGAGUGUGCCUGACAAAGCAGGGGUGUGCCUACAAUAGUGGAUACCUCUGUCUCAAUCUAGUGGUUUCAGGAAGUUCAUGCACUUCCAAAAGAUGUUAUGACAGUUUUGAUUCCAAAAUCACUAUCAAGAAUACCAUGAAAAGUAAUACCAUGGCGUUAUAACUGUUCAUUACACAUUUAUAAACUAUUUAUAAACUCAUAAUUUACAGUUUAUUGCCUACUUAUAAAAACCCCUUCAGAACAUGGCUGCAAGUCUUAUCUGAGAGGCUCUUCACUAAACACAUCCAUUUAGAAUCUGAAUAUCUGUGCUCCUCCCCCCCCCCCCCCCCCCCCCCCCCAGGCCAUGAAGAAGAUCUACAAGGCCUGUCAGAAGUAUCCAGAGUGGAAGAGGAAGCACAACCCUAACCUGAAGCCCUGGAUGUAUCCUGAGCAGAACACCUUACCGUGUAUUAACGUGGCUGACCUCGUACUGCAGAGAGCUGACUCACUGGAGAACAUCGACGAGAGCAGCCUGACAGAGGAGAAACAAGCUCAACAUCACAGUGACGAUGAAGAGACCUAGGCUAACUCUGAGUGAAGAGACUUUGUUUGUAUAGAAUUGUGUGGAUGUGUUUAAAAUGGCACCCUAUUCCC